GCCAGUUUUGGUCCUAAAUGUAAGUUAUCCCGUAAGCCUUGAAUAGGCUUGGGCUCAGGCCGGUUUUGUUUUCUUUUCUACCUUGUAGACUGUUCACAUCUAUCCAGAAAGUUACUUCCUCCAGUCACUGACCAAAUAUCUAUCAACUUCGCGAUAACGAUCAUCAUACAUACACUCAGUCAUCUUCAAAUCUUGAAAUCCUCAUCUAGUUGGAUAUUCAGUCUACUAGUGCUAUUGGUGUUCACGAAUUCACGUAGUGAACCAAACGAAUUUUGUGGAACCUCCAGGCACGUGAUUAUGGAUUCAGUUAGACAAGUUGUUACACGUACUGCUCUUGGACUUGCCGAGUAUGUAACACCUAUACUAAGAGAGUCUAAAUUCCGGGAAACAGGAGUCAUCACUCCUGAAGAGUUUGUAGCAGCAGGGGACUUUUUAGUUUAUCAUUGUCCAACUUGGCAAUGGGCAACUGGCGAUAAAGGUACUCGUCCUUAUCUUCCCAAAGAAAAACAGUAUCUGAUUACUCGCAGUGUACCUUGCUACAAAAGAGUGAAGCAGAUGGCAGAUCAUAACGAAGAGUUUGAGGAAGUGUUAGAGGAAGAGGAUGGUGAUGGUGGUUGGGUAGACACACAUCAUUAUGCGACUAAAAGUGACAAUCCUGAGAUCGAAAAUGCAAAUGAAAUGACUGUUUUGAAAUCGGAUGAUAUAUUGAAUCAUCAGCAAACUAACACAGUUUCCGAUUGUGAUGAAGAAGAGGAUGAAGAUAUGGAAGCUUUCCUGCAGAGUGGUAUGUUGGAUGAAUGCGAUCCAGCAGCUGUUAAUGCCCGUACAAAGGUACUCAAUACAUCAAGCUCAAACCAGAAGGCAAAUUGUGAAAAUAACGGAAUUCUGCAAUUAAGAACUUAUGAUCUGUAUAUCACCUACGAUAAAUAUUAUCAAACACCACGUUUAUGGUUGUAUGGUUACAAUGAACAUCAUCAACCGUUGACGGAAGCUGAGAUGUAUGAGGACUUCAGUCAGGAUCACGCGAGGAAGACUGUCACGACUGAAGCACAUCCACACUUGUCCGGUCACAUGAUGCCGUCGAUUCACCCAUGUCGACAGGCUGAUGUAAUGCGGAAAUUAAUUGAAGCUGUAGCUGAUGGUGGGGCUGAAUUAGCUGUUCAUCAAUAUCUUAUGAUAUUUCUAAAAUUUGUCCAAGCUGUUAUACCUACAAUUGAAUAUGAUUAUACACGAAAUUUCAAUCUCUCUUCAUUUGCUUAAUGUCAGUCCUCUUCAUGAUUUAUAUAUUCUGGUGGUUUUAUUGACCCAUUGGACUAUUAUGGUUAAAGCUUCUUCAUAGCUCGCUUGUAUUUCAUCUUUUUAUUUUUAAAGAAAUCAUAAUGCUCAGAUGUUAUACUCCAAUGCCUUUAAAGUGGAUCAUUUGUUGACUUUAAUGAUUAAUAUAUACGGUUUGUGUAAAUGCUCUUUUUUUAAAUUCCAAAUGAAAUCCCCUACAUAAAUACGGUUAGCACUGCUCUAUUUGUCUAUUUUGUUCUUGGUUACUUGUGGACAUGUGUUCCUCUCGACAAAAAACAUCUGAGUUGGUUCUCGAUGGAUCAUGUGCCGAUUGGCCUCUCUUUUAAGGAGUGUAAAAGUUGGUCAACUCGAAUGAUCUUACUGGUCUUAAAAUGACGCUGGUUUUGUCCCCUGUUUUAUAGACCACCCUGAGCCCAAGACCAUUUUCUUUAGUCGCUUACUGAUCAUCUUCCAGCUAUAUAUUGACUUGGAUUGUACAUUAUUAGCUAGUUCGCCAGAUUCUCACGCUUGUGCCACUCAGUCUUUUAUUGGAGUACAUCCUAACGGUGAACAUUACGGUCGCUUCUCUACAGAUGAGUCAUACAGCGUGCAGUAUUCUGGACAGAGACCACAUUAGCUCACACCCCAUGAUUCUUUCCGUGCUUGAAUUAGUGGUUUCACCAUCCUCAUACUCGAUCGUAGUGAGAACAAUGUUCUUUCUACAGGGAAUUCUGCGUACGACUUAGUCGUCUAUAUAAGUUUUAAAUGUGAUUCCAGAUGGCCUUACUAGGCUUCAGCUGACUCCAGUUUUAUUGUUUUCUACCUUGUAGACUAUUCAUCUCGGUCUGUAAGAUCACUUCAAUUGCUGACCGAGUACAUAUCAACUACGUUGAACUCAAUAUCUCACAAUUCGUAUUGCUCCUAAAAAAUGAAAGGUGGUUUCCGGCCGUUACUCAAUAUUUCGCGUUCGUAUAAUCCUAUUGUAAUUCGGAAUCCAGAUAGAAUGUCUAGAAUAAGGCAAUUAGGAUUUCUAGCCUUCUUUAUGCUCCCAAUGGCCGGCGCACUUGCAAUAGCCACAACCUUCAAAAAGCAUUCAAAGGAGUACAAGGGUCCAGAAAUAGUGGAAUAAUGUAGUGUUUGUCAGUCAUUAUUUUAUAUAGUUUAGAAGAGACUAGUGUUUAUUUGUUCGUUUAUAUGGUAAAAUAACCUUGAGCUGGUGAGAGUUUGCGCUGAACAUCUUUCAUUAGUGUCCUACGUGGUUCACUAAAUUCAAUAAUUGAAAGAUAAGUUCCCUGGACAGCAUUCUCCCGAUAUACAUUAAAGUCGAAGUGGUUUGCAGCAGGUAGCGAGUUUCACUGCAUAAAAUUCCCUUAUAUGUAAUAGGGGAUAGACGCGUUACUCAUUUUCACGAGAGUUUAAUGUUCUCGAGAUUUCAUUUUACACCUAUUGAUCAAGGAUUGACAAGUCAUUAAUGCAGCUAAACUUUGGUCCUUCAUCUUAAAUUGUUUUAGCUUCUCAGUGAAUUCCUUUUGUCAUCUAUAAGAUCCUUAUCCAGACUUACAAACCGUGCGUAGUUUGUCAGUUUCAUAUGAGUGAUUUCAGUUUUCCCAUUUCUAGUAGAUGGCGUAUAAGCGAGUCUGUAAUAACUACUAUUGUUGCAAACACGAAUGGCCACUAUUUGUAAUUUUAUUAUUCCAGAAGAGGUAGCCACUACAUAAAGUUACUUCCGUUUGUUAAGUCAAAAUGUUUAUGCUUAAGGCACUCUGUAGACAUCCAGACAUCGCACAUGGCAGCUCCCGAAACCAGUCUAGCCAUGUACUCACAAUGACAAUCCCACCAACUAUCGUUGGAUCGAAUCAGUAUAAGACUCAUUCUGUUGCGUGCCUGUCCGUCAUACUGGAUGCAAAACCACAACAGGAACAUUACUUAGAGUUCAGCUUAACAGUGGGAAGUUGACCAAUCAUAAAAGCGAUAUUCAUCCCUAUAUAAUUUGAGAUAAUGUCCGAAGUGCAUAGAUAUUUAUUAAUGACGAAACAAAAAGCUUGAAAACAUGAAUUUAGGUGGCAUCUAUUGAAGUGGUAAGUGCUCAGAAACUUACCAGUCAAUCUUCGAACACGAGGAGCGAAGGCAACAUGGAGAUUAACAGGGAGUUUACGCAACUAUCGUUUGCUUCUUGUAGCAAAGGUAAACAUCUGUUCACUCAAUUAACGAAAUGACCGUUUUAAUCUUGAAUUUCCAAGUACUAGUUCAUUAAAACAUUUUGAAAGGUUAAGUGGCCAUUUUGGACAUCUAGAAAGAAUAUGAUUUAUUUACUUUCAGUGACAUCAGAUUUUCAGAACUCACUAAUUUGUAUCGCAAGAAAUUUGCCUUAGUAGCUUUCAUCGUAAGAGUACCAAGAUCUGAUUGGAGGUUACCUUCGAAUUUUUAUUGGUUGAGUGAGAACACUAUAUCGGCAUUCGGAACUGGAUUGUAGUUUAUAGUUUGUCUGUUUCAUCAUGAAAACCAAACAUGCGGAGCUAAGAGUUUUUCUAGAUUUAAACGUAGCAGGCGUUAUAUACUGAAACGACCUAGUACAUACCACUUGGUCAAUAGUAUACAGACAAAAUAGUUCACAUCAAGACUUUAAGUGGAACUAUAUACAAAAUGCAUUUUCUUCCACCCAAGUGAUAAUUUAUUAGUAGUUUCUUUUUAGAUAGGAAGGACCUACAUAUGCAAGUCUGAUUAUUUACAUCGAGCCGACCAUAUAUUUAUUACCACUAAUAAAGACCUUAGACUUUCAAACUAUCCAUUAAUCUACCGUAGUUUAAAAACUAUAUCCCUAGCGUCUCAGUCACUUAUUUGUCUUAAUUAAAUGAACAACUACAGCAGAUUACAGAUAUACGUGAAUGUUUUUUAAAAUAUCCAGCUUACAUCCAUCCUAAGCGCGUAAAACGUCAGUAGUGUAACCUGGCUAUGAAUGUUAUAUUCUGAAAAAGUAUCGACAAUUCAAAAGAAAACUUAUGAAUAUCGAAUUUCAACGAGAUAUGGCUGCCAAACUCUUGAACAAACGGAUCUCGAAAUCCCUGAAUAAAACGUAUUACUCAGCUAAGCUCUGUAUUGUUUCCUCAAGCCGGUCUACCAUUCACGAAUUUUCGAUUUGCAUCUAUAAAUUUAGUCGCUACCGUGGGGCAUGUUACACUAGCCACAAAUUGGUCACUUCCAAGCGCAUUUUAGAAUACUGGCCGGCGCGGCUUUUAGGAAGGGUGCAAAACAAUCAGUUCAGUAUAUGAGCAUCUGACCAACUCAUGGCAAGUCGCUUCGCGAGAAUCUUCCCUCAACAUAAUACACACUCAGAGAAACUGAGCCAAAGCCAAAUAAAAAACACACUGGGGACUUACCCAUUGAUCUCCGAACUCUAUGUGCAAACGCGAGACGUCCAACCUCUCAUCCUUUAUUUGCGUUAAUGCCCUUAUUAGGUUUGCGAUUUUGGACUGUAAUCAGUCAUUACUUACCUUUAAAAAUCCUUCAAAAUUAUCGCUCAGUUAUUAUGAACUUUAUAACUCCGCCUGUAGCUCUUAUAGGGUUGCUGCCGGUCCCAAGCCCGGGUAAAGGAGGAGGGUUGGGCAUGGGGUUAGCGUUCCCAUCCCGUAGAAAACUAACUCGCUAAAAAAACGCUUACCAG